CAGACUGGGGCUUGAUACCAUAGUGUUUAGUAUAUAAAGCACUUGAAAACAUUGUGGAGGCUGGCUUGACCGCAGUGGCUUGAUCCCAUGUCGAAGCUGUUGCCAUAAUUUCACUCCAUGCCAGUUGGUGGAGGUAACGUGUCGAUUAGUAAACCAGAGAAGGCAGAUAAAUUGAGAACAAAUAGCUGCACUUCUAAACAUGGCAGCGCAAACUCAAGCUCUUGUCUCUGCAAAAUGGCUUGCAAACCUUGUCAAACGCAAUCUGGUCGGACCGCGUUUGCGGGUCCUGGAUACGUCCUGGUACCUGCCUAUGAUGAAAAGAGACGCCAAGAAGGAAUUUGCACAGUCUCACAUCCCAGGAGCGUCGUUUUUCGACAUCGACGAGUGCUCGGACAGGACUUCAAAGUUUGAUCACAUGCUCCCCACUGAGAAGUUUUUCGCCGAUUAUGUUGGGAGUCUGGGUGUUGGAAAUGACAGCCAUGUGGUUGUUUACGACGCCAGUGACUUUGGAGCAUUUUCUUGCACCAGGGUUUGGUGGAUGUUCCGGUUUUUUGGGCAUCCUCAAGUGUCGGUGCUGAACGGUGGGUUUAGGAACUGGGUCAGAGAGGGCCAUCCAGUUACAGGGGCGUACACCAAACCUGAUUCAGCCAGCUUCACCGCCACUGUGAGCCACCCCUCCUGGGUGAGGUCCUUUGAGGACAUUACAAACAACAUUGCAACUCAGGAGUUUCAGGUGGUUGAUGCGAGGCCCCAUGCGAGGUUCCGCGGAAGAGAACCAGAACCAAGAGAGGGUGUCCGCUCGGGUCACAUCCCUGGCUCCAAAUGCAUGCCUUUCUUCGAGUUUGUUGAUGAUGAUGGCAUGAUGCUCUCGACAGAGCAGCUGAAGAAGUUCUUUGAAGAGUCGCAGGUGGACCUGGAUAAGCCCCUCUGUGGAUCCUGUGGCUCGGGCGUGACCGCCUGUCACAUGGUGCUGGCCGCCCAUCUGUGCGGCGCCCCUGGAGCGGCUGUGUAUGACGGAUCCUGGUAUGAGUGGGUCACCAGGGCUCCACCAGAGCAUGUCGUCUCCGAGGUCCAGAGCCCAAAGACAUGACUGAGAUGAAUUUACAAAUCAGCAUUAAACACAUCACUUACUGUGUCUGACUCAUUAAUCACAUCAUUGAUUCAUCAUAAGAGAUGCAUAAUCAGAGAUAUUUUGACCUCAGAAAUGAGUUUUAAGCCUUAAAUCUUUGUCAGUGGAAGUAUGGUAGAGGUAGAGGAUUUUUAUGUGGAUUUAACACAUAAGCUUUAUAUGUUUGACGAUGGCAUAAAAAGGAGGUAUGGAGGCUGAACUCCUAAAAAUGUAUUUUUGUUGGCUUUAAAGAAUUUUGUUUUAUGUCAAAACAUGUUGCCCUGAAGUAAUUUCAGGAGACCUUAAUUGCUGACAAAACUUAGUGCUGAAUUAUCAUCAGCAUAUAAGCGGAAGAAGCUGCUAUAUUCUUUUUUUUUUUCUGUUUCAUGUUCUUGUUUCUCUGGACCUCCCUUGACACCAUUACAUGAGAAUAAUACCAUAUUUUGUUUUUCAGCUCAUGUCAGAUCUGAAUUCCAGCUAAUUUGUGAAUAGUAAAAGCAUUCUUUUAUUAUCUAGUGCCUGCCUUUGAAGGACUGUAGAUAAUGGUGAUGAUUAAAUAAAUCUGUUAUAGGA